AUAAACUUUUUAUAAAUACACUAAUAUUAAAAUUUUACUGCGAUUAUUUAUGUUAAAUAAUGGAAGCGAAAACGAUUUUCAGCAAAAUAAUAAAACUUGGACAAAAUAACAGUGAACGUGAAGAAUUAUAUAAAUUUUGCAAAUUAAAACUCGAACAGGUGACUGAUGAAAUUCCUCGUAGAAUACUACUUAAUGAUGGAGCUAACUUGUUGGAUUGUAUUUUCAAUGGCUUACCAGACAAUACAUCCAAAAUUAAAGUUAAGGUAAUUGAUAUAGUACUAAAAACAAUGAGAAAAGAAUCAACGUCUCUUACUCACUGUGGUGAUGUGAUAAGCAGACUGUGCUUAGAAUUGCCAAGAUUGCCAUUAGAACACUUAGUAAGAUGGAGCAGUGAUAGUGUUCAAUCUAUAGUAGAUGACAGUGAUGUUAAUAUGAUUUGGAGAGACAUAUUACCAGAGUGCCUUAAUGCUAUUUUGUUACACGACAAUGUCAAAUAUUGUGGUUCUGAAUUGUCAGGAGUUGAAUUUAAAGUGCAGAGUGUGCACACAUUGUGUCAAUGCCGAUGGAAUGAGAAGCAGUUGGUGCAGUUGACAGCUAUGUUUAAAGAUAUUCAACUGUUGCGCACUGAUCACAGACAAGUUGUAAACAAGAUUUGUUCAUACAUGGUCGAUAUAUCACCUGAUGCCCUGCCUCCACUUGUCCACCAAUUGCUCAAGUUAUGCAAGUUAUAUAAUGUUGAAAUUGUUCUCGCUCACUUGAGUCAUUACUUUAAUGUAAGACUAUACAGCAAGCUGGAGCCUCCGCCUCAAGACUCAGAGUCAACCACAAUGGAUGUUGAUGAUAUAGUUCAACACAGCCCCGCGGAGAUGAGUAGAUGUUUGUCUACAUGCCUGUACCAUAUAUCACAAGGAGCGGCGGAACCAGAACUCAUUCGCAAGCAUAUAAAACAGUGGCCUAAAACCCAACUGUUAAGAACACCAUUCCUCAUUGACCUUUCCCUCGCUAUCUCGGAUAAGGGUGCGGAUUUCAAAUCAGUUUGUUUGGAUGUAAUAAAGUCGGCGAUAGAGUUUCGUAUAUUAGACGAGCUGAAAAGCAAAGAGUCUGCGUGGGUUCGCUCUGUGUUGCCGCCGGACGUAGAUAUUGUUAGCGUGCUCAAAGUCCUCACUACUGAGAGCGCUAAUCACCGGCAAUUAACGGUGGUGGGUCUCAUAAACCUCGCCUUCUGUUUGCUCUCCGUAUCCCGAAUAAAGCCCACGGCCCAAGCGUGCUGGUCACACGGAAAGCUGAUUCUGGUGCGGCUGUGCAAAGCUCAGCCCGAGACCGCCGGACACAUCCUCAGUCAACUAGCUGAUAAAAUUUUCGGAGACUACAGCCAACAUCAGUACACCGACUGCCUGUACGUGCUGUGCAAGCUGUCGCCGGCGGCCGUGGAGCGCAGCGCGCAGCUGGCGGGCGCGCUGGAGAGCUGCGCGCCGGCGGGCGAGCGCGUGUACGGCGCCGUGCGGCCGCUGCUGCCCUACAGCGCGCGCGUGCGCGACACGCUCGUCAUGGUCUGCCGCAAGGGGCUCUACUCGCGGGACUCCAGCUACCGCUGCUUAGCCCUCUUUGGGUUUUUGACGGUGUUAAAAUAUAUGAAGUUAUCAAAAGAACUCUCAUCGAGUCAAAGCGGCGCCAGCGAUCAGUUCAGCGCGCACUCCUACCUCACGCAGCUCACCGUGGACAUGCACGCUACGAGCCAGGGCGCUGCGAUAACGUCUCGAGUUCGCAACGAAACGAUAUGUUUGGAGGUGCUUUCGAUUCUACGUCGUUGUCUCGUGCAAGAUGCUGCUGUCAAACAAUUAUUGUACACUGAGAUGUACGACUGUACAAAAGACAAGCCAGCUCUACACGAGACGAUCUUGGAACUGUUCUAUGAUCACUUGAAUAAGUAUUUACCCGAUGAUGAUGAUGAAACCUCCGUGUUACUCUUCGACAAGUGUGUACAAUUAUCAAGCAUCGGUGCUACUCUAACAGAUCCCAUCGGUCGGCUGUUGUACGUGAUAGCGCAGUUCUUACAAGUGGAAGAGGAUGAGUCGGAAGACGUCCUCGGUAGUCAGAGCGAAAACGGCGCUACCUUCCUCAGGAGAAAACUUAUGGAUAUUAUGGAAAAACUGUGCAAGAGCGAUCUCUCGGCUGUGAUACAAAUGGACGACACAGGUCUAAAUGAUCUGACACCAGAGUCCAAAGCAAAAAAUAUAAAAGUACAACAGACGUUGCAGUGCUAUGAAGCGCUCAUUGCGCAUCGCAUCAUGCAAUGGAACCCUCAGAACUCUAACGCCAACUCCGUGCAUCACUUGUAUAAGGCUUACAAUCAGCUGUUGGAUAAUUCUAAGGGAUCUCCGAAAACAGGUAAAAAGAGUAAAUCAUUAAACGAAACUAAGGAAACGGUGAAAUCACAAAAGACCCAAAAGUCACAAAAAUCACAGAAGGAGAAAGGUAAAUCACCGAAGAAGGUGUCCAAUGCGGUCAAAGACCGAGCCGGACCCUUUAAGCCCCUCCCGUGCCUGUGGGACUUGCAACUGUGCAUGCGAGUAUUGGACCUCCUGUACGGCGAGAACGUCCCGUGGUCGUCAGUGGAGCAGCGCAACCACAUCCGCGCGCGCAGCGACUUCCACGCGUUCGCGCUGCGCGGCGCGCAGACGGCGCUGGGGGGGGCCGCGCCGCGCGCCGCCCGCGCGCCCGCCCUGCGCGCCGCCGCGCUGCUGCACGCGCGCGUGCUCUGCCGAUUUCAGGAUAUGUGCGAUUUCGAUGAGCACACAACACUAGCUUGUCUAGAACUCUACAAGACGUGCCUGAGCCUGUUACUAUCGCCGGCAUUCUCUUUGAAGUUAGAUGACGUCAUGUCUGGUAUAAUUGGCAAUAACGACAAACCAGCUACAGCUUGCCUUGCGGAGAUUCUUGAAAGUUUACAUUCAGCGCUGACAUACAUAGAAACAGAGGCAGCCGAAGAAGAUUUGGAUAUGGUCAGAAAGAAGAUACUUACGACUCUCGUUCAGAUCUCUAUCUUACUUUUGGAGGUACCGAUUGUACCUUGCAAUCAGUUAACUGGGGCGACGCUGAAGCUGGAGGAGCUGGCGCGGCGCAGCAGGCAGGCGGAGGCGCUGGCGCUGGCGGGCGCGCUGCUGGCCGCGCAGCCGGAGCCCGCGCUGCUCUCCGACUUGCUGCUCAAGCUCAGCGUCGAGCUGGGCCUCAUCGACGAAGAAGACAGUUCAGCUGGCCAAGAAACGAGCAAUUUCCCAACGAUAGACUCCCGCUCCGGUCAUAUGGUUCUGGGUCAAGUAUGCGUUCACCUGAGCAAUCGAUUUAAAACCACUGAACAUUUGCUCAGCAGAGCAAGAGAUCUCACAGCCGCGCUGAGCAUUGCUGUUCACUCGCACCAGCAGCGGAUAGAUCGAGAACUGCAAGAGCUGUACAAGUCAAUUGUAAUCCAACUGUGCCAACUGACGACGUGGACGACCGAGACAGCCAAGUUACGGUGUUGCAUCGGCGGCGGGAGCGACAAAGUGUUGAACAUUUGCAUGCGCCUGUAUUCGCUGCUGGCGACUUUCAUCAAGCAGCUGGACCCAACCAUGGUGCAGUCCUUGAGAUUAGAAAGACUGCUUAAGUUUUCCGGUAAGAAGCUGUCUGCAGUCACUGACGGUCUUAUCACAUACUUGGAGUCGUCGCAGCAACAGCGGAAUGCUAGCAAAGUGUUGAGAGACACCAAGCUGAUUCCGCGACUUGUACUGGAGGCAGAACAGUUCAGCAAACACGUCAUCCUUCUAGGAACGAAGGCUAAUUUGAACUUUCACCAAUAUUUAUCCUUGGGGACGGCGAGAGAUUUCAAAAUCAAAGCGCCUUUGCUGCAAAGUGUUAUCAAUACAGUCGACCAAUCGAAGGAAGUUGAAGUGGAUGAGUGUGAUAAUAUCAAUGAUGCAGCAACAGAAAUUUUAACACCUUUGGUAAGCGAUGAAGAACAUACCAGCGGUGAUGAACAUAAUAACAGUGAUGAAGAACCACCGAAAAACAAACGCAAACGGGUUUAAUCAUGUU